GGAGAGGUGUUUGAGCUGUUAGGCGUGUGUGCAUAUAUAUUUUGUUCAGGGGAUGUUCAAGUUGUAGCCAUCCAACUUGAGCCAAUCAGACAAGACCGGUCACGUAAGCUCUUCGACCAACGAAGAUGCCAACAACUUGAACAUCAUCAAACAUCAACAUCGACCGUUCGAUUUAAAUUUCAGCUCGGACUUAAGCCAUCUGUCCCGCAACCCGCAAGCAUGAAGUCGCCUCUUCCACAAGAUUGACCUGCCGCUGGCGCCAUCCUCGGGAUUAGCUUGACCACGAGACUGGAUUGAUGGUAGGACCGACCACGCAACUAGGCUUUCGGGAACUUGCACUUGUGACAGAUCGAACGGACAGGUCCAUUUUGUCUCGAGUCUCUCUACAAGUCAGUCUUGAUGGGAUUCUGAUUCCCCGUCUCCUAUAGCCUAGGCUCAUGGCUUGGUCGUGCGAGUCUUGAAAGAGUCGAGAAUAACAGAACAGCACCUCAUGCGAAACCUGUCGGCUGAGGAAGAAGGCGACGCGGUGUAUCAGUCCAAGUGCCCCACAAGGCAACUGGUCUCACACUGCCUGAAGAAUCACUUGCAUGGCACUGCCUGCCUUGCAGAGUCGCAGUGCUGGCUCUGAGGUAGUCAGUGACCCAUUCCCUGAAGUUUCAACGCUCCUUAUGCAGUUGUCCCGCGAGUCCACAAGUCAGCGCAAACAUGGCAGAUCGAUGUAUCGCAGUGAAAAUACCAGAAUCCAUACAUUCCGGGGGGAACUCAAGUUGACUCGAUCAUUUCAGGUGGGUGACAAUGUUUGUCGGCAGGCCGAUUCCCGAUACAAGGAGAUGUACAGUUGUCUGGUUUGUGCUGAAAUAAAAUGCUAUUCGUGCUUGUUUCUCCUGGUUUUGAGAAUGUUUAUAUCUUUCCAUUGCAUGCCAUGGAGGUGGUGUACUACCCGUGAACACCAUUUCUGCCCUUCCUCCCUUGAAAUUGUCCCUUCUUCAAACCUCCAAGCCACCAAGUCCCGCCUCGGUGCCGUUGCGGCUCAUCCGUUGCGAGCCGUUGGAAUCAAAACAAAACAAUCAAGUCUAUGCAGCAGGGAAACCUGAGCAAUAAAGGUACUUUUAAGGACGACCCAGCCCUCUUUGUGCCCAGAAAGCCCAUUUGCUUGAGAUAUCCCGUCCUGUACUCUUUUGCCAUGGACAACUGUACCAAUUGCCGCUAUGGAAACUUCGGCCUGGGUGGGCGUGGCGUCCAUCUAGUGAUACCUUCGGUCAUUGCGCCGAUGCUUGCGCUUCUGUUAGUAACUAACAGAGUUUACUGGCGGUUGAGGCUCGUGGGGAGUCUCGGCCUCGACGAUCUGUCGACGAUAGCAUCCACGAUCUUCCUAUUCGUGCAGUGUAGCGCAUCUGUCGCUGCCGUCAAUUUUGGGUACGGAAGGCCCUUCAACAGCAUGAAUGUGCAUCAAGCCGCUCUGGCGCUGAGGUGUUUCUUCCUGCUUCAGAUAUUCUACAAGCUCACCAUAAACUGUACCAAGCUGUCCAUCCUCUUUCUCUACAUCCGCAUCUUCACCGAUCGUCCGUGGUUCGUUCGGACUUGCUGGGGGCUGAUCCUCUUUGUCAGCUGUGCCUGCCUGUGCUUCACUUCUGUCACGGUCUUUCAAUGCAGCCCUGUACGGCGGGCAUGGGAUCGAUGGAGCGUUGAGGGAACUUGCCUCAACCUAUACACACUCUGGUACAGCAAUGCCAUCUACAAUAUUUUAACAGACCUCAUCAUCGUUUUGAUGGUACCGCCUGUUAUAUUCACUCUCAGGCUGCCGAUCCGCCAGAAGCUGGCUUUGACCUGCAUUUUCGGCCUAGGUGUCAUUGUCUGCGCGGCAUCAAUCUCUCGACUGACAACACUUUAUUCUUCGGCAUACGGCGGCGAUCUCACUGCCGGGUCAUUGGUGUCAACUAUUUGGACAACAAUCGAGGCCGGUCUGGGAGUGAUUUGUGCUAAUCUGCCAAUGCUACGACCGACUUUUCAGCGUUUCUUCCCGAGACUGUUCCCGUCAAGGUCCAGUGCGGACCCCAAUUCAACUUCCACUCCGUCCCAUCACAGUGGUGUGUGCAAUUCUAGCCCGCCGGUCGCACCCAGAACGUCUACUCCGAUACUCAUCAGCAACGAGGGCACGCCCUAUGAUCAACUUCCUGUGCUUGCAAUUAAUGAUACGCGAAACCAGGACUGCUUUGACAAAGAUCAGCAACAUUCGCACGACUUCCUUGUCAUUGACGAUGAGAGUCGUGGUACCCUGGGAUAUGAGACACGAGAUCCUCGUUUCUUUGCCUGAGGCGUGGGGUCUGGCCAUUCAGACGCCCCUCGGAGUGGGAACAGUCAUAUUGCCGAAGAGACGGUGUCAGAAGAGGCUACUCCUGAUGACGACUAUGGCUGUGAUGAGUGACCUGGUAUAACUGCUCAGGGGGUGGUUUGAAACGAUCUCUCGAGGAAUGGGUGGAACCGUUGUCUUCGCCUACUAGUAAUUUGAAGUCGGUUGCAUAAAGUGGAAGCAUUAUCAUGUGAGAUCGAUAUAUUUAUGAGGGGACAUGCUUGCACAGCGCCUACACAAGGAACAUGUGUAUGGAAUACCUUGCUAUUGACAGGAUGAGGAUAAACAAUAACGGUGACCAAUGGGGAUACUAUGGGAGAAGGCAGAGCCUGGCCGCUUAGUCAGCAUAGUAGACUACUCCGUAAAUGGUUAGCUAUAUUUUAGCCAA